AUGAAGACAACCCUCCUCAUCGCAGCUCUGUCUGCCUCUCUCACCGCAGCUCGCUCCACAGUCCGCCAUUUCUACACCUCCGAUUUCAAUGGCGAGUACGCACGCCAGGUCGGCUUCCGCGGCGAUCCAGUCCUCUGGGGCUACGGCCUGAGAGACAAUCUUCCAGGCACAACAGCACUGUACACUUGCCUCACCUUCUCUCCCUCCACCACUCCAACUAAUGCUCAUUUCCAGUUACCGCUGCCGCCACGUCCAACAAAACCAAUAUCUCAUGACCACACAUCCCGCCUGCGAGAACGCGCCAGGUUUCCAACUCGAAGGCAAUACAAUGUACAUUUACACUUCCCGAGUCCCAGGCACGCAACCACUCGAUCGCUACGUGAACUCGGAAGUCGAUCACAUGAUUGUUCGACGAGAUUGGUAUCCUUCACAUCCUGCUGGGUAUAG